AUGAUUUAUUGGCCCGGCAGUGAUGCACGCUAUAACGAUACAAUGCAAUACGUCUCGUUUGGGCUCUACAGUGGUCACCCCACCCUACGCUUCAGAGUGGACAGAAUAAUGGAAUGGAUAACCCAACCGGACGUUAACUUCUGCAUGCUCUACUUCAAUCAGCCAGACUCAGCUGGUCACAAAUAUGAACCAGAUUCCAAGGAGGUCCUCGAUGCAAUCGAGCUAACAAAUGACGGUAUUGCCUACCUACUGCAGAGAAUCGAACAAGCAGACUUUCAGGGCGAAAAGCCCAACGUAAUUGUAACAAGUGACCAUGGAAUGAAUGCUGUUAGUUACAAGAGGGUCGUCAACGUUACAACUAUUGAAGAGAUCUACCAAAGACUUAAAGGCAAACUUCCACAUGCUACGGUUUACAAGAAAGAAGAAAUUCCAGAGUCUUACCACUACAAAAACAAUCCCCGCAUAGCUCCAAUCGUUGUCAUCGCUGAUUUGGGCUGGAUGAUUCAAACCGACCCAGCCAACCCAUACGAAGAAACAUUGAACGGAAUGCACGGAUACAACCACUCGGAAUCUGACAUGCAUCCCUUUAUCGUCGCCGCGGGCCCCGACAUAAGACAGAUUGGCCUAGUGGAAAGGUUUUAUCAAGUUGACGUCUAUCCACUUGUCUGCCUGCUACUGGGACUUAACAAACCCAAUAAAAUAGACGGGGACGUGCAUCGGGUUGCACUCUUCUUUAAACAGCCGCCUCCGCAGGCUGAUCUUGAUGAAAUUGCACUAUAUGCUCAAGGAAUAAAGGAUUGGAACGCUACUAGCAUGGCAACUAGGGGGAAUGCGAUGACGCCUCUUUGCUUGGCUCUUCUCGCCCUCCUUCACCACAUUUCUUAA